UUGACAGCUAAGCAAUCGUGAAACGUCAUCGAAUUUUACUAUUCGUCAACAAACCAGCGACACAUUCCCCCAAAACAUGGAUUACGAAAACGACAAAGUGUUAAAAUUUAUCUUUCCAGAUGAUUAUGAAGAUCUAUCGGCACAAGACACUUCGGACGUGGUAGAUUAUUUACUGAAGCUUGGCACGUAUAAAACGGAAGACUUGAAAAAAGAAAAGGUGCGCCUGCAGGAUGAACAUCGGCAGAAUGUGGAGCAGACGCAGGAUCUGGCCAUCUCACACUAUCACACCUUCAUCCGGACGGCGGAAAGUUCGCGUGAAAUCUACCGCGAGUUUGUGGACACGGAAAGGAAGCUCGACUGCUUGAGUGACAAGUGGCCCAACUUUAUUGCCGCAUGUCAAACAUUUCAGCAAGGUUCGGCGGAUAUAAAUGCAGCUCGCCGGUUGAAUUCGCUAACGCUGAUGCGCAAUGCGGAACUGUUGGAAAUUCUCGAGCUGCCGCAGCUGAUGGAUAGCUGCAUACGUGAGGGCAAGUACGAGGAAGCGCUUGAGCUGUCCUCAUACGUGCAGCGGUUGACGUCUAAACAUGGCAGCAUUCCUGUGAUAUCGAGCAUUAACGAAGCAGUGGAAGCAGCAUGGCACACUAUGUUGAUGCAGUUGUUAGCACAGUUACGCACCGACUUGCAGCUUCCCAAGUGUCUGCAGGUGGUUGGUUAUUUGCGUCGAAUGCAAGCAUUUUCUACCGGUGAGCUGAAACUAAAGUUUCUACAAACGCGCACCAGCUGGUUGAAGGAUUUGCUUGCCAUCAUCCCGACCGAAGACACGCACGUUCAUCUGACGAAAACAAUCGAAGCAACACGGGUGCAUCUGUUCAACAUCAUCACCCAGUAUCGAGCCAUCUUCCCGGAUGAUGAGGAAACGUUUAACCCGCUCAUGGUUACCACAGGCAACGAACGUAUUUCGGGCGAUGAAAGAAAGAUUUUUCACAGCUGGCUGCACGAUCAAAUAAUGGAGUUUGUACGUUCGCUGGAGCGAGAUCUUGCAUCGAACGAUAUCACCUCGUACGAUACGAUCCUCGGCCAAUGUAUGUACUUUGGGCUUUCGUUCAGUCGCGUUGGUAUCGAUUUCAGAGCUCUCGUUGCGCCCGUAUUCGUGCGUGUGAUUGGUAACCGGUUCCGCUUCUCGAUAGCACGUGCCUCCGCACAGUUCGAACAAGAUAUCGAACGAUAUACGCUCAUAAAUAAGGUUCCGAGCAUGAUCCGACGCCAGCGAGACGAUCGUGCAUCCCGACCGGAUGAUUCCGGAUCGGUGCAACCACCGGAAACGCUGCUUGAUUUUGAACCACUUGCGAUCUACUGCAAUGAAAUAUUAACCAUCUUCAACGAUCUUCGGCUCUGCUCUCCGGUUGCACUUGCCACGACAGUAACGGAGCUGCUGGAAAGUUCGCUCGAGCAGGCCUGCCGCGGGAUUCUUGCAUUUUAUCGCCAAGAGCAGCAAGCAUUCGCACCAACGGAGAGGGAAUGCUUCAUACGGUUGUGUUCCUGCUUCGCGUACGAUCUCAUUCCAUAUCUACAGCGCUGCAUUCACGUGCUGUUUCCUCCGGCCACUCUAGCCAGCCAGCUGGGCAUCAAUGUGCUGACGUUACAAAAGCACGGUGUAACGUACCUUCGACAGACGAAGAUAUUGGAACCGAUCGCUUACCUGCUGCCGGAUCACAUCGAUACGAUAAUCAAACAGGUGGCAGAUAUAAACGUAGAUUCAGCGACCGAACAGGAAACGAUGGAUGCUAAGGAAAUAACGCUAGGUCGUGAUUCAGUUGAAGUAACCCCUACAUAAUAAAUCGUUAUUGCGUUAAAUAAAAGAUAUAGAUAAAACGGA